UUAAACAGUACCAGAAGAAAAAGGUCAAAGUGAAAGUGAAAACUCUGAUGUCGAAUUACUCGACACCACCCCGCAGGAUUCAGCACCAGAAAAAUAACGUAACAUGUUGUGUUAAACGCGCUGUCCCCUUUAAGAGUUCGAGUACGUGCAGGAGAGUGAGAGUGCGUCAGACGGCAAGGGAGAAAGCACGGAUAGAAGCGGCAGUUACAAGUGUGGAAGAAAUCGCUGACAAAACUGUUAGUUGGAUUUAAUCCAGGCGGUUUAUGGACUCGUGGACCUGUGGUGGUUUCUGUUGUGUGGAUGCAACGAGUGGAGGAUUUUAACUCGUUGUCUAUCUAAGUUGCUGCUGCACGUGAGCGAUCUCAGAUUGGGAAGGGGAUUUAGGCCUGCGUCAAUGGAGAUUGAGCAGGGGAGAUUCAGGAAGUGAGAUCGCAUAUGCCAGUUUCCGUGUUUGAAAAUCCAGAGUCUCGAAAAAGAGUUUGAAAUCAAGUCUCAUCUUGCAGGAAAAGAAGAAAAGUCUGUAAAAUGAGUAAAAGCCUGUCUAUGAGGAGAGAGAGGAAGAGAAACCUGCCUGUGAAAUGAGUGUGUGUGAGGAGAAAGAGCAGGACACUCCUGUAGACACUCGUAGAGCGGCAUCUCCAGGAUUCAGCUGUGUGUCUAUGAAGAGUAACGACUCCAUGUUUCUGCCCCCUUAUCUCAGUGAUGUUGACACUUGUAGAGCAGCAUCUCCAGGAUUCAGCUGUGUGUCUAUGAAGAGUAACGACUCCAUGUCUCUGCCCCCUUAUCUCAGUGAUGUUGACACUCGUAGAGCAGCAUCUCCAGGAUUCAGCUGUGUGUCUAUGAGGAGUAACGACUCCAUGGUUCAGCCCUCUGGACUCAGUGAUGAUCCUGCUGUGACCUCUUUCCCUGUUAGUGGGAGAGCUGACAUGAUCCGAUUUGUGUCCUGUCAGAAAUGUACAUCCUCCUACAGCCAGAACCACAUUGGUCAUCAUGACACGGACGCGGAUCUGCAGCUUAAUUCUCACCAACCAGUGCAUGAUGAUCUGCAGAGAGUCAAAGACCGGCACAAAACCAGCAUGAUGAACAAGUAUGAGAGCUUAUUUGAGGGAGUUAAACUACAAGAGAAUCAAACCCUCCUGAACAGGAUUUACACACAGCUGUACAUCAUAGAGGGAGAAAGUAAAGGGGUGAAUGAAGAACAUGAGGUGUUACAGAUAGAGAAAAUUUACAAGACACUCCAAGACACUCCAAUCAACUGCAAUGACAUCUUUAAUCCUUUACCUGAACCAGGAUAUGAGGAGAAGACAAGAGAGAUGAAAGACAAAAUAAAGACUGUUCUUACUAAAGGCAUCGCUGGAAUUGGAAAAACCGUCUCUGUGCAGAAGUUCAUUCUGGACUGGGCUGAAGGAAAAGCCAAUCAGGAUGUAGAUUUCAUGUUUGUGCUUCCAUUUCGAGAGCUGAACUUGAUUAAAGAUCGUCAGUACAGUCUUCACAGUCUUCUGCUUGACUUUCAUCCUGAACUUAAAGAUCUGGACUCAAAGAUUUAUGAUGAAUGUAAAGUUGUGUUCAUCUUUGAUGGUCUGGAUGAAAACAGAGUAUCACUGAUGUUUUCAGACAGACAGAAAGUUUCUAAUGUGACUGAGAUUUCAUCAGUGGGUGUGUUGAUGUCAAACCUCAUGAAAGGAGAUCUGCUUCCCUCUGCUCUCAUCUGGAUCACCACCAGACCAGCAGCAACCAAUCAGAUCCCCUCUAAAUACAUCAACCGUGUGACAGAAAUUCAGGGAUUCAAUGACACUCAGAAGGAGGAAUAUUUCAGGAAGAGAAUCAGUGACGAGCAUCAAGCCAGCAGAAUCAUCUCACACAUCAGAAGAGCAAGAAGCCUCCACAUCAUGUGUCACAUACCCGUCUUCUGCUGGAUCUCAGCUACUGUGCUUCAAAACCUCCUGAAACAAGAUCUCAGUGCAGAAAUCCCUCAAACUCUGACUGAAAUGUACAUCUACUUCCUGCUCAUUCAAACACGUAUGAGGAACCAGAAAUAUGAAGAGAGAGAUCCAAAGAAGCUCCUGCAGUCCAACAGAGAAGUGAUUGUGAAACUUGCUGAAGUAGCUUUCAAUCAGCUGAUGAAGGGCAAUGUAAUCUUUUAUGAGGAGGACCUGAAAGAGAGCGGCAUAGACGUCACUGACGCCUCAGUGUAUUCUGGGAUUUGCACUGAGAUCUUUAGGGAGGAAUCUGUGAUUAAUCACAGGAAGGUUUACAGCUUUGUACAUCUGAGUUUUCAGGAGUUUUUUGCAGCACUGUAUGUGUUUUACUGCUAUUUACACAACAACAGUGAGGUUCUGAAAAUGUUCCUGACUGAAAUGUCCAGAACUCAGUGUGAAUAUGUUCCUCUAGAUGUGUUUCUGAAGGAAGCAGUGAAUAAAGCCUUGAGCAGUGAAAAUGGACACCUGGAUCUUUUUCUUCGAUUUCUUCAUGGCAUCACACUGGAGUCCAAUCAGAGACUCUUACAGGAUGUGCUGAUACACACAGAGAACAACCCAGAGAGCAUCAAGAAAAUAAUCCAUGACCUCAAACAAGAUCAACAAAACGAUGUCAGUCCUGACAGAUGGCUAAAUCUGUCACACUGCUUGAUUGAGAUGAAGGAUAACUCUGUUGUUGAAGAAAUGCAGGCAUUUUUAAACUCUAAAACAAAAAGUGAAAGUCUUUCUCUUACACAAUGUUCAACUUUGGCAAACAUAAUCCUGAUGUCAGAGGAGGCGCUGGAUGAGCUUGACCUUAACAAGUACAACUUCAACUCAAGAGAGUGUCGAUGGAGACUGUUACCUGCUGUGAGGAACUGCAGAAAAGCUCUGUAAGUGUGAAAAUAUGAACAUACAUUUGUUACAUUUUGAUGGUUGAUGGAGAUGAAGAGUGUUAUUUGGUCUUGUGUUCAUAAGCAUAAAAUAUAAAAUAUGUCUUUUAAGAAAACAUUAAAAACUAGGGAUGUGCACUAUUAUUGGCACAUCAGCUGUGAUGUAUCUUUGGUGAUAUGCCUUUGUUCAUUGUUCAUUGGUUUCAUUUUGACAGUUUAAAAUAGCCACAGUAUGCUCCUGUUUUGAUUGACUCAAUAUUUUUAGUCACCAUUAAAUUGUAAAUAAAUAAUCCUUUCUUACCAUUAAUAUAAUUAUUUAUUUUUAUUCAUGUGGCCUCAUAAUCUUUAAUCAUAAACAUUA